AUGAGCUGCCCCAGGAGGCCCAGUGCCAAGAACCUGCAGAGGCUCCAGGCUGAGACACAGAAGUCCCGAGACCCCCAGUGCCAGCCGAAUCCUGCCAAGAGCACGUGCCUGGUCGCGGUCUUGGAGGCGGACCCUGCCCCACUCCAGGCGGGUGGCGGACACAAGACCCCAAACCCCGUCUUCUCUGGGUGCCCCGGGGAAGUGCCCAGCCCAGGCAGCCCCCUGGGUACCCUGGAGACCCCGCUGGUCAUCAGGCUGGCACAUCUCCCCACCCCACGCGCACAGGUCCGCGGCCCCCGGCUUUGGGCUCCUGCCGCCAGCCUCUGGCAGCGACCCUCCUCCCGCCCUGUCCCCUGUCCCUGUAGAUACGUGGCCUUCCUGGAGCUGUUCCUGCAGACGGCGGAGAAGCACUUCAUGGUGGGACACAGGGUCACCUGCUACGUGUUCACCGACCGGCCGGGGGAUGUGCCCCGCGUGCCCCUCGGGGAAGGGAGGCAGGUGGCGGUCCUGGAGGUCCGGAGCUACUCGCGCCGGCAGGACGUGUCCGUGCACCGCGUGGAGAUGAUCCGCAACUUCUCCCGGCGGUGCUUCCUCCACGAGGUGGACUCUCCGGUGUGCGCGGACGUGGACGUGAGGUUCCGCGACCACGUGGGCGUGGAGAUCCUGUCCCCGCUCUUCGGCACCCUGCACCCCGGCUUCUACGGGGCGGCCCGCGAGGCCUUCACCUACGAGCGCCGGCCGCAGUCCCAGGCGCACGUCCCCAGGGAUGAGGGAGACUUUUACUACGCGGGAGGCUUUUUCGGGGGGUCGGUGGCCGAGGUUCUGCGGCUCACGUCAGCCUGUCACCAGGCCACAGUGGUCGACCGGGCCCACGGCAUCGAGGCCGUGUGGCACGACGAGAGCCACCUGAACAGGUACCUGCUGGACCACAAGCCCACCAAGGUGCUGUCCCCCGAGUACCUGUGGGACGAACAACUGCUGGGCUGGCCCGCCGUCGUGAAGAAGCUGAGGUAUGUGACCGUGCCCAAGAGUCACCGGGGCAUCCGGGACUGAUGACGGGCUGGCCUAGUGUCCGUCAGGGGUGCCACCCUGAC